AUGUGCCCCGAAAACCUCGAGGACGGGGGAGGGACACUCGGCACACGAGACUACCAGUCGGACGGUGAGACAAGACUACUCAGUGGUGGCAAUGUCGCCUCUACCCACGCACACAACCGCCUGCAACGCUCGAAGCGCAGACGCUCCUCGCUGUCACCACUCGACCGAAUGACCACCAAGAACCAACACGCCCCGCGCUCGUCACUCGUGUCGUUUGGGUCGGGCUUCUGGUUGGGCCGUUGGAUGUUUAUUUUUCACCAAGUGACCAUCACAGUCCCGGAGAAUUUCACCCAGUGCACCACCCACGGCAGCUUUGUCCAGCACUGGCAGGAGACCCUCUACAACAUUUUCAACUUUGUGUGCCUCUUCCUCCUGCCUCUGGUCAUCAUGAUCUUCUGUUACACACGAAUCCUCAUCGAGAUAUCCAGCCGCAUGGCCCAAAAUAACUUGCUGUCUAGAGAUAUUCAUCUCCGCCGCUCCCACAACAACAUCCCCAAGGCUCGGAUGAGGACUCUUAAGAUGAGCAUCGUCAUCGUGACUUCAUUCAUCGUCUGCUGGACCCCGUACUACAUGUUAGGCCUGUGGUAUUGGUUAUUUCCUGAUAAAAUGGAGGAAAUGGUUUCACAUUCAAUGACUCAUAUGCUGUUUAUCUUUGGUCUCUUCAACGCCUGUCUGGAUCCAAUCACAUAUGGUCUCUUCACCAUUCAUCUUCACAAGGGUCUUAAAAGAUGUUGUCCAACUUUCACCAAACGGACUGAAUUGGAAAACAACACGUGCCUUGUACAAAUGAAUCGCCUGUCGUCUCACCGGCAGAUGGUCUCUAGUAGUCACAAUACAGACACUGAAGGAAACCACAGCAUGAAAAGGCCAAUCGUCCCAGUGAGCAAGAUCUAAUGGCUUGAUGAAUUGCAAUGAAAGGAAUGAAAGGAAUAUUCCAGCACUGAGUUUAGUCUUUCUCCAGAUACAGCCAGUUUUAUGAUGUUGCUUAGAAAAUAUGUAGCUCCUUUCGCAGACAAAUAUGUUUGUUUCCGCUGCAAUGAAGUAAUCGAUAGAGUAUUAUUGCUUUGCCUUGGUUUUCUCCUGCAUCACUGAUCAGAUUUGACAAAAAGCUGCAGAGUGGUGCAUGAUGCCUUUUCCCCCUGUGAUUGGCUGAGGGUCUCCCUGUACAUCACACAGAAUAUCUUACACACUGCUGAUCCGAUAUUCCUAUGAAGCUUAAGGGCUUGUGGGGAAAAAAAUCAGGCCCAAAUGGUGACAAAUCUGCUUGAAGUUCCUAUAAAUUGAUUUAAAAUGUCUUUCACAGAUAUUUUCUAGUAUCUUUCGGAUAAAAGUCCUUAAAAGGACUUUGAUACACAGUUUGAAAGGCUGUCACACUCGUGGACACACACACAUUUGGGCUUUACUAAGUGGAUCUCAAAAUAUCCUGUAAGAAACAGCAGAAACAAAUAUGUGUGCAUUUGAUUUAAGAUUAUCAAAAAUAUAAUAUGCUGUCUGUUGUGUGGCUUCUCUUUUAUGUUUACAUGUUAUGUGUCAAAUGUGUAUAUUGUUGUUUUAUUGGGAGUGUUUGCCCUACAGUAAACUGCUGCUGUUCAUUGCUUAUUGGAAACUGCUCUUGAAUGUAAUUUGUAAUGUUGUGUUUGUAAUGCUGUGAUUUUCUUUCGUUACAAACCUUAUGACAUGAACAUUAUCGACCACAAAGGCCUUUUAAAUAAAUGUUUUGCCAUACAAUUCCAUGUAUUGAAUGUCCCUGCGCUGCAUGUUGUUGAAGUGCUAUUGACUGUGUAAAUUGUCUAAGAUCAAUUCUGUAUUUGCUGUGUUGCACAAAUCACACUGGAGUCAAAACGUUAUGAAAUACACGGAAAUGACCCAUAAUGCCAUUUGUUAUACUUUACAUUUCUAUUUGUGUUAGUAGUGUAUUAUGUUGUGGAUUGUAUUGCUUUGUGAGACCAAAAAAACUGCUUAAUUGAAAACAUUGAUAUUGUAAGGUUAGCAGUAAACAAUAGUUUUUCUAAUAUGUAGGUGCAAAAAAGAGAGAUCAAUAGGCUAGCAUUUGUUUGUUUGCAUGAUAUCGUUUAUUUCUUGCAAUGUAUGGAAGAUGUUGUGAUGUAUACUUGCAAUUUGUGGAAUACAAAAAAACUGCCUCUAUUCCAUGCAUUGGGCGAAGCACAAACAAUGAGCUGCCUUUUACUGAGAACGGCUGCAUUUAUCAUUACCUGGAAUAUCUAUAUCAGAGGAGAAUAUUUGCAAUGGCUAAAAGCAAUUGGCAUUUCUUGGUAUCUCAAUACACAA